AUUACGUAAUUGAUAAGCAUUUUGAGUAGUUGUAGUUGAAAAUGUUGGCCACUGUGUAUAAAUCCAUUCCUCAUGUCAAAAUCACACCUUUAAAAAUAGCAAACAGCGCGUUCAAAUCAAUACACUCGCAAUGUGACCGUAAUUACCCGCUGGAAGGCGUGAGAGUUCUCGAUUUAACUCGAAUAGUGGCAGGACCGUACUGCACCAUGAUUUUGGGCGACCUGGGGGCCGAAGUGAUCAAAAUCGAGCGACCUGGGAGCGGCGACGAGGCCCGCAAAUGGGGCCCACCCUUCAUCAACACCACCACGGAAACGGCGUAUUUCGUGUGUCUCAAUCGCAACAAGAAAAGUGUCUGUGUUGACCUCAAAUCGCAAAAAGGGCGCGAUAUUUUGUACAAAUUGGCCGAGAAAUCGGAUGUGUUGGUGGAAAAUUACGUUCCUGGAAAACUAGACGAAAUGGGGCUAGGUUAUGAACAUUUCAAGGGCAUUGCCCCCCAUUUAAUUUACUGUUCGAUAAGUGGGUUUGGGCCUGAUGGCCCUUACAGGAACAAACCUGGAUAUGACGUCAUUGCGGCCUCAAUGGGGGGCUUUCUUCAUAUCACCGGGCCUCAAGGGGGCGAGCCUUGCAAGGCCGGCGUUGCCAUGACUGACUUAUCAACAGGGCUGUAUGCACAUGGGGCUAUCAUGGCGGGGCUUUUUCAACGCACCAAAACCGGAAAGGGACAAAAAAUCGACUGUAAUCUACUUUCAACUCAAAUCGCUUCAUUAAUCAACAUUGGAUCAAAUUAUUUAAACACGGGGAAAGAAGCCAGUCGCUGGGGCACCGCCCAUGAAAGUAUAGUCCCAUACGAAGCAUUUCCUACCAAAGAUGGCUAUUAUACCAUUGGAACUGGAUCCGAUUUGCAAUUCCAAGACUUGUGUGGAAAAUUAAAAAGACCAGAUUUGGCCGAAAAUGAGAAGUUUAAAACCAAUCAGCUUCGAGUCAAGCACAGGAUUGAAUUGAUCAAUACAUUGCGUUCAAUUAUAGUCACAAAAACCAAAAAAGAAUGGAGUGAAAUUUUUGAAGGUGGUUCAUUUCCAUCAGGGCCUGUUAAUUCGUUAAAAGAAACUUUCGAUGACCCUCAUGUGAAAGAAAUUGGAUUGGUUCAAAAUUUGGAGCAUCCUGUUGCUGGUACUGUAAGAGUUGUUGGACCACCAGUCAAGUAUAGUGAUGGAGGAAAUAGUGUGAGAUCUCCGCCACCUACUUUAGGUCAACACACUAAAGAUGUCCUCGAAACAAUUUUAAAAUAUUCAACAAAACAAAUUAAUGAUCUGAAAAAGGAAAAUAUUAUACAAUGAAAAACUCACUUGCCUGUUUAUUAAUGUUGCUAUUUUUGCAUGUAUUUACUUUUAUAAUAAAUCAUAUUUCGCACAAUGUAUAUUACAGUGGAACUCCUCUAUAACGAAAAUCGUAAAUUCCUCUAUAGCGAUUUUUUUUGGAAUUGGGGUGGAUAUAACAAAACUUUUAUUUUAUCCAAAAGAAAUUCUGAGAAAUUUCGGAAACAGAUCGGUUAUAACGAGAGUUUCUUGAAGAAAUAAAAAUCCUGCGAGUCUCUAUUACGUAUUGUGUACCAGAAUUUUUUUGUCGUGCUCGAAAAGAAAAAAUCAAUAAUAAUAGAGUUUGAAAGUGGUAAAAACAAGCUGUAAUUUGUAAAGAAAAAAAUUUAGUCAAUUCUACAUUAGCAACAAUUUUAACUCUUUCAGGUACACACUUUAAUGUAUUUAAAAUACCGUACUUUACUGGAUUUUAAAAAUAAUCAUUUUUCAAGUUGUUUUAAAAAAUAGGUAUUAAAAUAGCACUAACGACAGUUUUUCAACGGUUUUUCAACCCAUUAUUUUAGAUUUAAGAUUUUUUACUUUCUCCGACACCUAAUCUCAUUAACUUCAUGAACCCCUCGUAAAAUCUCGUACAUUUUUGGUAAUUUCAAAGCAUUCUUAAUAUGAAGUAGUCAUUGUCUAUUACUUAUUUAGUGACAUAAUAGGCAUUUAAAAAAAUAAAUUAAGAAAAUAAAAUAGUAUUAUAAUGAACAAAGAAAAAUAACAACAAAUAAUAAAAACAAAAGCAAACUAAAUAAUUCGUACGAUAGCUAACAAAAGUUAUUAUUUUUUGUAAUAAUAUGCUUGAAAGCAGUUUUUCUGUUUGCCUUAACAAAGAGUAUCAUUGAAAUUUAGUGCCACCAUUUAUGACUUUUUCAAUUGAGUAAGUGACGGACAGUGAAUUUUGUCCAACCAAUUUCCAUGACAGACUAAAAGUGUAAAUUAGUCUUUAGGUUUUUCUAACCUUGUUUGAGAACUUUGAUGAAGAUUUAUCAUGUUGACAAAAUGCCCGAUUUUCCUUACAUACUUUUUACCUGUGCCAAAUUUAUCAACAAAGUUCAUGUUAUUGUUGUAAAUCGCCACAACUUCGGGACAUACCACUCAUAUCUCAAAAAACUAUGAAUAAGAAGAAAUACAGUUUGUAAAAAUGCAAAAAAUGUUACCUAAAUAGGCUGGAAAUGCUCAAUGACGUCACGAAGUCUACUAGUCGAAAUAGGAAAAUAUUUGCUUAUAAACCGAAGGAUCGAAAUUCUAAUCCCAAUGAAAGAAUUUUUUUUGUUUUGUUUUUUUCCUCUUUUUAUUUAUAACCAGUAUGCAUUAUGUGUAUAUUCUCAAAAAACAAUUCAAUUUUUUUGAGUUAAAAUAACUAUCAUAAAAAUGUAGGUAUUUCAAACUAAUUAAUAAAUUAUAAUAAUUUUAAGUUCAUUGAUUGUAAAUAAAAAAAAAAGUGGUAAACUCUACAAGAAUAAUGUCUGUAUUAUUAAAACAUUACCAUUAAUGAGCAAAACUGCUCAAAAAUAUAAAUUAAGGUGAGUUAAUAAUGUGUUACAAGUUAAAAGAAAAAGAACAAUUUGCAGAAAAAUUUGGGGAUUCUCUAGAGAUGAAAUUUUUUGUUAUUGGGUGCUUCCACCUAACCAGGAUGUCUUUUACAGUACAAUUAGAAAGUGCAAUUGAUAAGAUAAAAAUGCUUCAUUACAAAAAAACAAACAAAAAUUACAGAUUUUUCUCUUAAAUAUUAAUUUUAAACUUCUUUAAUAUUUGUAUUUAAUAAAAUAAAUUAUUAUCCAUGACUGUUUAUAGCGAAAAUCGGUUAUAACGAGCCCCCUGAUUUCUCGUUAUAGAGGGGUUCUACUGUAUUUAGUUUACUACUU